AUGUUGUUCAGUUUUGGAACCCCACUACAACGCCAACGCCGCCACGCCCUCAGACCACAUGGCCUCCUCCUCGCCCUCCUCACACUCACAUCGGGUGCCGGUGCCCAGGACGAGGAUGAGCCGACCUCGUCAGUAGCUCAAGCCAGUGAGCCAUUCACUGAUCCUCUGACGGCACUGCCAAUGCAACGCUUCUUCGGAGCACGGACACAAUUCGCCUUCUCCAUGGCAUUAUCCACCGCCGCAACGACAACCACGUCCUUCAUCGGGCAGCUCUCCUUUCCUCUCGUGGGUGGCGCUGGCUGGGGCGCCUUCGGCCUGACAGGCGAGAUGGAAGGCAACUUCAUUCUAGCCGUGUGGCCGGAUGGCGCAGGCGGCGUCAUGGCGUCGUUCCGCCAGGCCAUAGACGAGGACAACCCGGCCGAAGUGCGUGGCAAUUUCGCUGUGCGGCCCAUCGCCAACGCCGUCUCCGUCAGCGACACACAGCUCACAUACACCUUCCUCUGUGAGGAGUGCCUCAACAGCAGCCUCGGCCUGGGGCCGGAGGCCACCGUCGCCAACGCCGUCAUGGGCUGGGCCCUGUCCGAGCGAGCGGUUCGCGACCCCGGAAACCCUGCAGCGUUCUUGGGAUUUCAUGAGCGUGGCUUUGGACCGUUUACGGCAAGGUUGGGUGACGCUAGGACUGCGGCGUUCGAAGGCGUGGCAGCUACGGCUGGGUUGCCGGUGGCUGACUCGGGGAAUGCGGUGCCAGCCCAAACCAAUAUAUUUGAUGGCGAGGGAAGUGGGGACGAAGGCGGCAGCGGUGAUGAUGACGACGACGACGACGAUGAUGAUGAUUUCUUUGGGGUAGCUGCUAGUACUGGUGCUGGCGUCCCUGCUACAGGAGCUAACAUCGGCAGCGGAGCUGCAGCCUCCGGUAACAACAACCAGGGGGGCGCUGGGGACGACAACGCAGAUGACUCGGACGACUCGGACGACGAUGACUGA